ACCUCCGAACCUGAGGCUCAAAUCCCUACGUAACAAACUCCAGCUAUGUUUCGGCUUUCUCCUCCGAUAUUUACUCUCCCUCUCUCUCAGUCUGGUAUUGCUCCAGUCAUCAAGUUGACAGCUUCACUGAAACAACACACCUUCCUUCUUUUUCAUUCCCCUCUUUUUAAAAUUUAAUUUUCUUGAAUUUUCUUCGGAAGUUUGAAUGAUUUACCACUCUGUAAUCUUCUUCUAACUUCAGUUAAUAGAAGGCAAUUAAUUCUCGCUACCGAUCGUUUUACGAACUUGCUAGAGAGGACAGUUGCAUUGGAGUUUUUUACUUCUGAAGCUGCAGUUGCUAGCUGAAUUUUUUUUUUUUAAGAUUCUCUGAGCUCUUUAAUAAUUGUAAUAUCGUGAAUCGAAGGACUGUUUGCAUAGUGCGGUGAAUUGAAGUUUUCUGAAUUCUUGAAUUAGGGUUUGUAUCCGGGAGAUCUUGCUCGGAUCGGCAAUGCUGGGCGUGAUCCAUCAGAUUGGUGUGGUUUUGACUUGUUCUGGGCUUGACUGCCAGUGAAGACAGUGAUUAACUGCUAUAUCGUUUUGUGGAGCGGUUAGUUCAUGUUUUAAGUCAUGGCGCAGAGUAAUUGGGAAGCAGAUAAGAUGCUUGAUGUCUAUAUACAUGACUAUUUAUUGAAGAGAAAGCUACACAACUCCGCCAAAGCUUUCAUGACGGAAGGGAAGGUUGCCACAGAUCCUGUAGCCAUUGAUGCACCGGGAGGUUUCUUAUUUGAAUGGUGGUCUGUCUUUUGGGACAUUUUCAUUGCAAGGACAAAUGAGAAACAUUCUGAGGCAGCUGCUGCUUAUAUAGAGACACAACAAAUGAAAGCAAGGGAGCACCAGCAGCAACUACAAUUGCAGCAGCUGCAACUCAUGCAGCAGCGCAAUGCCCAACUACAACGAAGAGAUCCCAAUCAUCCUCCCCUAGGUGGUUCUAUUAAUGCACUCAAUUCUGAAGGAAUUAUGGGGCAGCCAUCAGCCAGUGUAUUGGCAAUGAAAAUGUAUGAAGAACGCAUGAAACACCCUCAUUCAAUGGAUUCAGACACAUCUCCAGCUCUUAUUGAUGCUAAUAGGAUGGCCCUUCUCAAGUCAGCAACAAAUCAUCAGGGCCAGUUGGUACAAGGCAAUUCUGGGGGCAUGUCUGCAGCUUUGCAGCAAAUGCAAGGACGGCCUCAACUGACUGCUGACAUCAAAACAGAAGGGAGCAUGGGUGCAACUCAGAAAUCUUUACCUAUGGAUCCUUCAUCAAUUUAUGGACAGGCAAUUCUUCAGUCAAAAUCUGGACUCGGUAGUGCAGGGUUGAACCAAGGUGUGACUGGCCUUCCACUUAAGGGCUGGCCUCUAACUGGAAUUGAACAAUUGCGACCAAGUUUGGGUUUACAAGUACAAAAGCCUAAUUUGCAGAACCAAAAUCAGUUUUUGCUGGCAUCUCAACAGCAGCAGGUACUUGCCCAGGCUCCGUCACAAGGCAGCCUUGGAAGUUCACCCAAUUUUGGGUUUGGUGGAUUGCCAAGGGGCAAUUUUAAUCCCAAGGAUGGGCAACCACCAAGAAAUGAUGGAUCAAUUUGUUCACCAGUGCAAUCAAAUUCACCAAAGAUGAAGAUGACCCAAAUGCAGCAAUCCUCCUCCCAACAACAGGAGCAGUUGCAGCAGCAACAGCAACAACAAUUGCAACAGAGCAAUAGAAAAAGGAAACAACAUUCUUCGUCUGGACCUGGCAAUAGUACAGGUACUGGAAAUACAGUGGGUCCUUCUCCUAACUCACCACCUUCCACUCACACCCCUGGUGAUGGAAUGACUACUUCUAGCAGCAUGCAACAUGUCAAUAGUGUGCCAAAAAGCUUCAUGUAUGGUGCAGAUGGAGCAGGUGGAAUUGCAUCACCUACAAAUCAGUUGGAUGAUUUAGAGAAUUUUGGAGAUGUUGGCCCCCUGGAAGAUAAUGUUGAGUCCUUUUUGUCACAUGAUGGAGGAGAUGCAAAUAUCUAUGGCACAUUGAAGCAAACUCUUACCGAGCACAAAACAGAGUCUUCUAAAAGUUUUUCCUUCGGUGAAGUUGGUUGCAUUCGGACAAGAAAUAAAGUGCUUUGUUGUCACUUCUCCUCAGAUGGGAAGCUUCUGGCUAGUGCUGGACAUGACAAGAAGGCUGUACUUUGGAACAUGCAUACCCUGCAAACAGAGAGCACUAAAGAAGAGCACCAAUAUCUAAUUACAGAUGUCCGGUUCAGACCUAAUUCAACUCAACUAGCAACAGCUUCAUUUGACAAGUCGGUCAGGCUAUGGGAUGCAGCUAAUCCCAGCUACUGUCUGCAAGCAUACACGGGACACGCUUCUCACAUUUUAUCUCUGGAUUUCCAUCCCAAGAAGAAUGAUCUUUUCUGUUUCUGCGAUAGUAACAAUGAAAUCCGAUUCUGGAAUACAAGUCCAUUCUCCUGUGCUCAGAUUUCCAAGCAAGGAGGAAGUGCACAAGUGAGAUUUCAACCAAUAACUGGACACCUACUUGCAGCUGCCUCAGAUAAAGUGGUCACCAUCUAUGAUGUAGAAAAUGAUAGGCAAACCCAUUCUUUCCAGGGACAUUCUGGUGUGGUAAACUACUUGUGCUGGGAUCUAAAUGGUGACUAUCUGGCAUCUGUAAGUGAAGAUUCUGUUAAAGUGUGGUCACUAGCAUCAGGGGAGUGCAUUCAUGAGCUGAGCUCCAACGGGAACCAAUUUCAUUCUUGUGUUUUCCAUCCGAAUUAUUCUGCUCUUUUGGUGAUUGGAGGAUUGCGGUCCUUGGAACUGUGGAACAUGGUUGAGAAUAAAAGCAUGACUGUCCCUGCACACGAGAACAUUAUUGCUGCUUUGGCACAGUCACCUGUCACAGGAAUGGUUGCUUCUGCAAGUCAUGAUAGUUCUGUAAAGUUAUGGAAAUAACAAGGGUUCUCCAUUGUUGAAGAUGAUGGGGGAAUUGAGCUAUACCGUUGCUGCAUUCGCAAGUUCAAGAGGAUCAGACCAGGACACGGAGGAGUUUUUCUUUACCAAAUUGUAAGGAAUCUCGUAGUAUUUGCUAAUGUGAUCUAGAACUUCUAUGAAGUGAAAAUAGAAGGGAGAGAAUUGACGAGUAAUAAUAGCUGAUUGUUUGACAGGUGAGGUGAAAGACGGUUGCAACUGUUUUACGAUUUUUGGUCACUAAUAACAUGUGAUUAGUUUCAGUAGGAUGUAGGGUAACUAGCUUUUUCUAUUUAUUGUUUGGAGAUUUUCCUGGACGUUUUCGUGGAUUGUUGUUCUAUUGUCACUGCGGUUGGACAAA